AUGGUGUCUCUACCAGACGUCCAGUCCUCAAAUGCCCAAAUCGCCAGCACACUGCCAGCGGGUCUUGUGGCCGUCUUCGUAGGCGCAACAAAUGGCAUCGGCGAAGCAGCCUUGAAAGAGUUCGCACGCUCAACCCGAUCACCUCGCGCGUACUUCGUCGGCCGCUCGCAAGAAGCCGCAGCGCGCAUCACAGCCGAAUGCCGACAGCUGAACCCAGAGGGAGAAUUUGAAUUCAUCAAAGCAGAUGUCAGUUUGAUCAAAAACGUCGACGCGGUCUGUCGUGAAAUUCAAAGUAAAGAAAAGACCAUCAACAUCCUCUUCCUUAGCUGUGGAACUAUUCGGUCCGGAGAAGAUACAUCCGAAGGUCUCCAUAUCAUGUCUGCAACUGGAUACUACGCCCGAACAAGAUUCAUCAUCAACCUCCUCCCAAACCUCAAACAAGCGACGAGUCUACGACGCGUCGUCAGCGUUCUAGCUGGCGGCCAUGACGGUCCCAUUGAUGUAUCGGAUUUUCAAGGAAAGAAGAUGUCCAUGCUGAAGAUACGUGGGCAUCUUGUAUCCAUGACCGAUUUGGCUCUAGAAACACUAGCCAAGCAAGCGCCAGAAGUGACCUUUAUUAACGACUACCCCGGCGCAGUCAAGACGGGGAUCGGGCGCGAGUCGAAUACUUUUCUAGCCUGGAUUAUGAAUAUCGUACUCAUGAUUAUCGGGCCCUUGGUGUAUAUUCCGAUUAGGGAAUCCGGGGAGAGACAUCUUUUCUUCGCGACGAGUGCUAAGUAUCCUCCCCGUGCCCUUUUGAAUGCGACGGCGGAGGCUUCCUCUGGUGUGCCUUUGUCCGAGGGGGUUGAGGUUGCUAGUGGGACAGAUGGGAAGGUUGGGAGUGGGGUUUACAGUAUUCAUUGGAGUGGAGAGCAUGCUGGUCCUAAGGUUGUGAAGUUGCUGGCUGGACUUCGCGAGCAGGGGAUGGCGCAGAAGGUUUGGCAGCAUACGGUUGGUGAGUUUGAUAGAAUUACAGGGCCAGCGGAUGUCUGA